AUGGGUGAUAAAUCUGUGAGCACCAUUAGCUUGAAGGCCUUGGUCGAAAAGAGGAGCAACAAAGUUAUCUUCAUAGAGUCUGAUAAUGAUUUUGUUGAUGUUCUCUUCAGUUUCUUGACAAUUCCAAUGGGAACAAUUAUCAGGCUUGCUUGUACACGUUCAGUACCACUGGAAAUAGGUUGCAUGAAAAAUCUGUAUGCAAGAGUUGAGCAUGCUGAUGCACGUGUUUUCCCAACUGAAUCAUGUAGAGAAAUGUUGUUAUGUCCCCGCAACGGGGUUGAAUCUCAUUGUGAGAAUCUCAAAUUGAAAAUUACCAAUGGCAAUCCCACGCAAUACUUUUUGUGCUCUGAUGAUUGCACCCACAGAUACAAGUUAUUUAGUCAUUACAAAGAUGUUCUUUGUGAGUGUGGAAAACCCAUGGAUCGUGAGAAGUCUCUUUCAGUGGGAAAGUUGAAAAGCUCCUCUUUUUCGGAUGAUGGUGUCUUUUGUAAAGGACUUAGCGGAUAUAUAGUAAGUGAUGAUUUAGAAGUGAUGCCCCCAUUAAGCUCACCAGUCUCUUCUUUCCUUACUAAGGUUGGUGUGAUGGAUGCAACCACUACUGAGGAGAUGACUUUCAAUGUAGGAGUUGAUGAGGUUUUGAAUUUGCUUAUAUGCUCAUUUGUGUCUAAAACACCUUUGACGGAUAUUCUGCUGAAGCAUAAACCAGAACCAAAACUGAGCAGUGAAGGUGUUCAGCAAGGAAUAGGUUUUAAGCAGCAAACGACAGGAGACACGGUGAAGGAGGAAAAAAAAAUUUCUGUCAAUCUUUUGGUUAGCAAAUCUAAGAAAAUGGUUUGUUAUGCAGAAGCAAGGGAGGAUUUUGUUAAUUUACUCCUCAGUUUCCUAACUGUUACGCUUGGGUUAGUACUAAAAGAGAUGCAGGAUAGCUCUUCCUCUACGAAAGGCUGCAUUGAUCAGUUGUACAAGAGUGUCCAAGAUCUUGAUGAGGAAUACUUAAAGUCAAAUUACCACAAGGAAAUUCUAAUCGCUCCCAAGCUUUAUCCUGGUUUUGGCUAUGAGAACCAUCUUUUAGGAAUUGAGGAUGGCCAGGAAGCCUUAUAUUAUUAUGCACGUUACCUUAGGCAUACUACUGUCCUGGAAAUAUUUACUAAUGAUAAAACCCUUACCCCUUCUAAUUACAGAGUUCCACUCAAACUGAAGUAUUGCAAAUCCCUAGGCGAUUACAAAAGUGAAGCAGGAUUUUUGAGUAGACCGGCGAUGUUUACAAUAACUGACAGUCUUAUGAUAAGGCCUAUAUCUCCUCUCUUUGGCGUUUCUGUUUUGAACGAAUUGAAAGUGCCAUUUGCAGACAUUGAGAUGCAAACUGUGCAGGUUGGGAAGGAGGAGGCCCUUCGUCUUUUGGUGACCUCUUUUCUUUGUGACUCUGCUCUCACCAGUGUAUUCCUCAGUCAUAUUAAAUAA